AGAAGCGUGUGCAGACGUGUGCGUGGUUGUAUGCGCGGGAGGUGGUAUUAAGAGGCUCGUUUGCUCUGGCGUUGCGUUUGUAAAGCCUUCACAGCCGAAGCCUUUAGCUUGAUGAUGUCGUCUACCGCGUAUGCCGCGUCGCUCGCGUUUGCUCUACUUGGGUGGGCACUUGGUCUAGGUAGUAAUUGUCCUGGGUCGUUCUUGCUUGUCGUCGGCGAAAAGUACGGGCGGGUCGGAGGUUGCACGACGGCGGUAGUCAGUCGUCCGGCGGUGGACGAAUUACAGAAGGGCAGACGGGCUGCUCUUGCCAGCGCAACUCGCCUUGACUCUGUCACUACAAACGGCUGCUUGGCUGCCCCGAAAGGAAGCCUGGAUUCUGCCGCCGCCGCCGCCAUACGAUGCAAAGGCCGCCCUUCCGCCCGCCUCCAGUGCUGUCAUCUUGAUGGACAACUAACCACUCUUUCAACUCAACCGCGCCCGAAAUGUUUCGGCCUACUGCAAGUGCCCCUGGCUCUGCAUACAAACCCUACACUUGCAACAAGCAUUUCUUCCUUCAUCUCAAGCAUCUGGCUUCCACUCCGUCUGUUCCAACGUCCGUGUUUCACUUGCUUGCCCAACUCUAUCCUGUUUGCUCCAUCCCCGUCUCGAGUAACCCUGGAUGGACCCCUAGGGCUUGUGUCACUCCAACGUCCUCCCGCUUGUGCUUUGCUCGCUUCUUGAUCUUCUUUCUCGUUUUUGAUUCAUCUCAUGCUUGAACAGCACCCCUUUGUGUUCUGAGGGCCUCGACGAAACAUUGUUUGCUCCAAGCUAAACAAUUACAUCUCGACUUUCAUGACUCGAGGUUAAAGCGUUUUAACGUUUCUAUAGUGCCUGCGGCAAGCCACUAGUUCUGUGCUCCAACCUGUUGCUCACUGAAAGAGAAUCCUCGCUUCGGUCCGCUGUCGGGCUUCCUUCCCCAAUCUCAACUUUGGUCUGUCGUCGAAGCAAACUCAUGAAUGUAAUCAAAGCAUUUCUAAUAUGACACG